UGUUCAUUUUGCUUUAUUUUCUCGGCGAGAAUAUGUCAAAAGAGAGAUACAAAUAAAAUAAAAAACCACCCGUGACCGUGAGCCAUAGUUUCUCCAUCUCCAUCUCUCUGCAUCUGUUCUUCGAUUCAAAGUUUGUGUUCUUCUCUUUUCUUCCUCUGUUUUUUUAUAUUUUUUUAGGUUUUUUAGAAGAUUUUCGAUAAUGGGUUCAGAGCAAAACGACAGCUUCUCUCCAUCAGAGCCAAAGCUCUGCGUCAACGGAUGUGGCUUUUUCGGAACACCAUCGAACAUGAACCUCUGCUCCAAGUGCUACCGUGACAUCCAAGCCACAGAGGCACAAGCCGCCUCCGCUAAAGCCGCCGUGGACAAAUCUCUAAACCCUAAUAAACCUGAAACCAAACCACCACAAGAGAGCCUCAAAACCGCUCAAGAGUCAUCCACGUCAACGAGCGUUGGAGAUUCCUCUGGAUCUUCUUCCUCAGAUCCGCCAAGAGCUACGAGGUGCUUGAGCUGUAACAAGAAAGUAGGUGUUACGGGGUUCAAGUGCAGGUGUGGGAGCACUUUCUGUGGGACCCACAGGUACCCGGAGAGUCAUGACUGUGAGUUUGAUUUUAAGGGAGCGGCUAGAGAAGCUAUUGUUAAGGCGAAUCCUGUGGUGAAAGCUGAUAGGUUGGAUAGGAUAUGAUAUUUAAUAUCGUGUUCUGUUUUCAAGUGUUGGUGUUUGGUUCUUUUUCUGUUCUUGUUAUGAUUUGAUUUGCUUAAGUGUUUCUUAGGAAAAAAAAAAUCUAGGAUUCUGCUUUUGUGGUUUCAUAAUUUAUUGUUCUGUAAUAAAAAGUUUGGUCUUAUCAAAAAGUUUGAAUCAUUGGAAGUUGUGGUUUUGUGUAGCUUAUGGUUUAUAAAUUUGUGUAAUUUUGAUAGCUACAGAGCUGAUGAUGUUGUAGAGUGAGUUUGGAGUUUAUAUGCAUAUCUUUGCCAUACACUUUUGA